GCAUGGUGCGACCACUAAAUGACCGCUUUCCACACCGAAGGCGGGCUAAUCAAGCCGUUCGCCAUCUGAAAAGCCAAGGAAGGAUCUGGCUGAAACACUUGAAAAGAGGAUUGGACCAGUGUCGAGACACCCAGGCGCGGGGAACGCGAAAGAACUUCCUGCGCAACGGCUCCUUCCAUGAGGCGGUGUCUCCUGUUCUGGCCGUGGCUCAGUGCUUCUGCCUAAUGCCCGUGAGUGGUAUCAGUGCUUCCUCCUGGCAAGGAUUGAAAUUCAGCCGGCGUAGCUGGCGGUUUUGGUACUCUGUCGCGUACCUCUGCUCCACUUCGGUGGAUCUGGCCUUCAGCAUCCGCAAAGUGGCCUACAGUGUUUUGGAUGUGCGCAGUGUGGAGCCCAUCGUUUUCCACGUGAGCAUUCUGAUCGCCUCCUGGCAGUUCCUUAAACUGGCGUAUCUCUGGCCCGGAUUAAUGCGCCACUGGGCGGCGGUGGAACAGCGGCUGCCUGGCUAUACCUGUUGCCUGCAAAGGGCUCGUCCUGCCCGCCGCAUCCAGUUGGUGGCCUUCCUGCUGCUUUCACUUUCUCUGAUGGAGCACCUGCUGAGCAUCAUUUCGGUGGUGUACUACGACUUCUGUCCCCGGAGAAGGGACCCCGUGGAAUCGUACUUGCACGGAACCAGUGCCCAGUUGUUCGCCGUGUUUCCCUACUCCAACUGGCUGGGGUGGCUGGGCAAGAUACAGAACUUGCUGCUCACAUUCGGCUGGAGCUACAUGGACAUAUUCCUGAUGAUGCUGGGCAUGGGUCUCAGCGAGAUGCUGGCCAGGCUCAACCGCAGCCUGGAGCUGCAGGUGCAACAGCCCAUGCCGGAAGCUUACUGGACUUGGUCGCGCACUCUCUACCGAUCGAUAGUGGAGCUCAUACGGGAGGUGGACGACGCCGUAUCCGGUAUAAUGCUAAUAUCCUUCGGCAGCAAUCUGUACUUUAUCUGCCUCCAGCUGCUGAAGAGCAUCAACACCAUGCCCUCCUCGGCCCACGCCGUCUACUUCUACUUCUCGCUGAUGUUCCUGCUCAGCCGAUCGGCGGCCGUGCUGCUAUUCGUCUCGGCGAUCAAUGACCAAGCCAGGGUGCCACUGCGUCUGAUGCGUCUGGUACCGAUCGAAGGAUACCACCCUGAGGUCUUUCGGUUCGCCGCGGAGCUGGCCUGUGAUCAGGUGGCGCUCACGGGGCUUAAGUUCUUCAACGUCACCAGGAAGCUGUUUCUGGCGAUGGCGGGAACAGUGGCCACCUACGAACUAGUGCUUAUCCAGUUUCACGAGGAUAAAAAGUCCUGGGACUGCUCGGCCUCCGAUUUAAAUUAGAUAUAAUUAUAUAUUCAGGCACCAGUAGUGUUGUCUGGUUUAUUAUUGCGAUUUAUCCGAUAAAUGUCUUAAUUUAUUAACCAGCAGACCAUUCUUCAGUGCAAAAAAUAUUUUGUAUCACUCAUACGCAGCGUUGCCGUAACUUGAAAA